AUGGCUAUUCAAUUCGCUUACCAAGUCCACGCCGCCUCGUCCGAAACUAGCGUCUUUUGGGUCCGCGGCAGUACAAAAGCAACAUUCGAAGAAUCCUACCGCUCUAUAGCAGACGUCCUACUUCUUCCCCGUCGCCACGAGCUUAGCGUUAAUAUUACAGCGCUAGUCCGCGACUGGCUGCAGAGAGAGGACACAGGGGCGUGGCUAAUGAUUGUCGACAACGUAGAUAACGUCGCAAUGCUGUUUUCCGAAGACGGUAUUGGCAUUAGCGACAGCACACCGAUGCCGAUCGCAUCGUAUCUACCUAAAUCGAACCACGGCAAGAUUCUAUUUACGUCGCGCAGCCAGGAUGCCGCAGAGAGGUUAACAGGCAGCGGCAAGACGAUUCUAGUAGUGCCUACAAUAGAUAAAGACCAGGCACUACUACUUCUUCAAAAUAAGCUAGACCGAGGCAUGAAUAAGGCUGCCGUAUUGCGUCUGAUUAAUACCUUCGACUAUAUCCCGCUUGCUAUAAAUCAAUUUUAG